UGCGCCGCGGCUGUCACGACUCCGCUGCCGCUGCAGGUGGAAACCUGGUGGAAACCUGGUGGAACCCACGGACAGGGAACAUGGCGAUGAAGGCGCUGCGGGGGAUGGUGAACGGGGCCAUGAGUGAACUCUCCUCGGCCGUCAGCGGCUCCAGACCCGCGGCCCCCCCUCCGACCUCCUCCGCCGCUUCACGGGAGCACGCGAUGGCCGUGAGCCGGGACUACAUCUCUCAGCCCCGCCUCACUUAUAAAACUGUGUCUGGAGUCAACGGACCUCUGGUGAUUCUGGACCAGGUCAAGUUUCCCAGAUACGCUGAGAUCGUCCACCUCACGCUGCCCGAUGGCACCAGGAGGAGCGGCCAAGUCCUGGAGGUCAGCGGCUCCAAGGCCGUGGUCCAGGUGUUUGAGGGAACUGCAGGCAUCGACGCCAAGAAGACGAGCUGCGAGUUCACAGGAGACAUCCUGAGGACUCCUGUCUCUGAGGACAUGCUGGGUCGUGUGUUUAACGGAUCUGGGAAACCCAUCGACAGAGGACCAGCCGUCCUGGCUGAGGACUUCCUGGACAUCAUGGGGCAGCCCAUUAACCCUCAGUGUCGUAUCUACCCGGAGGAGAUGAUCCAGACGGGAAUAUCCGCCAUCGACGGCAUGAACAGCAUCGCCAGGGGACAGAAGAUUCCCAUCUUCUCUGCUGCAGGGCUGCCCCACAACGAGAUCGCCGCUCAGAUCUGUCGUCAGGCCGGUUUGGUGAAGAAGUCCAAAGACGUGAUGGACUUCAGCGAGGACAACUUCGCCAUCGUGUUCGCAGCCAUGGGGGUCAACAUGGAGACAGCCCGGUUCUUUAAGUCGGACUUUGAGGAGAACGGAUCCAUGGACAACGUGUGUUUGUUCCUCAACCUGGCCAACGACCCCACCAUCGAGCGAAUCAUCACGCCUCGUUUGGCUCUGACUGCGGCCGAGUACCUGGCCUACCAGUGUGAGAAGCACGUCCUGGUCAUCCUCACCGACAUGAGCUCCUACGCCGAGGCGCUCCGAGAGGUGUCUGCAGCCCGGGAGGAGGUGCCGGGACGCAGAGGAUUCCCCGGAUACAUGUACACGGACCUGGCCACCAUCUACGAGAGGGCCGGCAGGGUGGAAGGACGCAACGGCUCCAUCACACAGAUCCCCAUCCUCACCAUGCCCAACGACGACAUCACUCAUCCCAUCCCUGACCUGACUGGCUACAUCACAGAGGGACAGAUCUACGUGGACAGACAACUGCACAACAGACAGAUCUAUCCUCCCAUCAACGUGCUGCCGUCUCUCUCCCGUCUCAUGAAGUCCGCCAUCGGGGAGGGAAUGACCCGCAGAGACCACUCUGACGUGUCCAACCAGCUGUAUGCGUGCUAUGCCAUAGGGAAGGACGUCCAGGCCAUGAAGGCCGUGGUGGGCGAGGAGGCUCUGACUGCAGACGACCUGCUCUACCUGGAGUUCCUCACCAAGUUCGAGAAAAACUUCAUCUCCCAAGGCGCCUACGAGAACCGGAGCGUGUUUGAGACGCUGGACAUCGGCUGGCAGCUCAUGAGGAUCUUCCCCAAAGAGAUGCUGAAGAGGAUCCCUCAGAGCACCCUGGCCGAGUUCUACCCCCGAGAAGCCAAACACUAACGCCUCCAUUCCUCCCGGCGACGCCUCCGCAAACAUCCAAGUGUAGUGUUGUGACACUCGUGAUCUUCAUGUGGCCUUGACGACAAACCUUCCCCCGCUUCCACCGAGGACAGAGAGGCAGCGACGGCUUGACCUCAGAGGAAUCUGGUCAUGGUGGCGAUGAUGGUGAUGAUCCUUUCAUUAGUGUCUCAUGCCUUUAAUUUACAGACGAGAGCGAUGAGAGACAUGAACCAGCGUUUAGGACCAGACAGACAGAAGUAAAGAGGUUUAUUUGGGACAGUCAGUGCCUCCUACAUGUUUCAUUCACUGUUGUGUUGCAAAUGUUGAUGGAUUUUUGAAGAGAAAAAAUCCAAUUAUGUCCAAAAACAACAACAACAAAUAGUAAAAUAUGCUCUGAAAGUGUCAUUUAAGACACUUUAAUAAACUAUAUUUUCAGUUUCUGGCCCUUGAAAUCACACAUUUCUGAAGUAUUUUAUAAUAGAUAAACAGAGAUAGUAGAUAUUAACCAUAACCUUUAUUUGGUUCAUGUUUAUUAUAUAUAUAUUUAAAAAACGUGGUGGACUCCGCCUCCAUGUCCACGGCUCCUUGAGCAAAGUCCAAAACCCCCAAACUGUCCAUGGAGGACAGGAGUGUCUCCAGGUUUGGUGACGUCAAACCCAAACAUUAUAAUAAUUAAUAUUUGUGUAACAUCCUGGAGGUAAAAACAGAAUUUGACGCCUGGUUGAAGAAAUUGUGCAGAGAAAGAAUUUUUAAAAGGAAAAAUGUGAUUGAUUUUUCAGGUUCUGGUUUAACUCAACAGAAAUGACGUCAGUACCUUCAUCUCCUUCACAUAUAACUAGAGUUUACGUCCGUACUGGUUUUCUUUGAUUUGCAUGACGGUGAAAAAGAGUUAAAUGUUGUUCCAUGUGGCUCUAAAAGUGUCUUUAAAGGUCUUUAUUUGGUGCAGUGGCCUCUCUGGGCAGAAUGAGGAUGUGCCCGUUACUCUGGUCUAAUUAAAGGCUCAUUAAAGGCUUAAUUACUUUUACAUGUCUGAAGUGACAUCUGCAUGAAUAAUGACUGGUUGACGGCAGCUCUGUGUUCUCAUUAGGCUGCUGCAGGCUUUUCACAAUAAAAGCCUAUUAAAGUGGCGAGGCUUUGACAGCCUGUCAUGUUCCUGUCUGUGCAGACACCAGAUGAUUCAGUGGCUCCUCCCGGGUUUAAACGUUCGCUCCGUGUUUGUUGGGUCCUUUAAGUUGUUGUGCUUCCAGAAGCUUCCAGUGAUUUUCAGUGAGAGUCUGUUCGCUUCACGUCGGCCUUUAAAUGUCCAUGGUUCUUCUUCAUGUCUGUACAACGUGUGCGGAUUAACUGGAGACAGAACCUGCAUGAACUGAAUGUUUCCUGUUGGUGCCUCAAGUGUCAUGAAGUCAAAUAAAAGCUGCUGCUGCCUCAUGA